AUGCCAUUUAAUCAAAGAGCACUGCUGAAUACGCAGCCAUCAACUUUAAAUUCAUCUUUUAUUACUCCUGCUCAAAGAACGGGUUGCCACAGUGACGUGGAAGGGGGCGGGUCUGACAUUAGCUGCUCCAGUCGUGGUCAACAGACACAGAGCAUCAAUGUGGCAUGCCAAGAAGAGAACUUUAAUGUUUCAUUUGAACACUGGUUAAAAACGGAGUUUGGAUUUAACCAAACUCAUAGUAACAGCAUUGGGAAUCAAGGAACAUUGGAUCAGCAAUUAUUUAACUUUAAAGGGUUGCUAUCCAAAUAUAAAAAACUGCAGCUCGAAAAUGAGUAUUUGACUGAAUGUACUAAAUGCGAGCAGGUGCCGAAAGGACUACCCAUAUGGAAAUACCCCACUGGCCUUCAGAAGGACUCACAUCUUCAUAAAGAACUGGUGCAGUUCUUUAACAGGUUUGAAGUAUUAUUGUAUCAGGUGUUGCUAAGCAUGGUGUUUGCUCUUCAAGAGAUUAAUAACAAUCAGCUGUUACUGCAAAACCAAACUCUUGGAUUUCUGAUUUAUGACUCCUGUUAUACUGAAUCUGCAGCCAUUGAUAGUACAUUCCAGCUGCUUUCUGGACAAAGAAAUCUAAUCCCAAAUUACUGUUGUAAAAAAUACCCACCUGUGGCUGCUGUUAUUGGAGAUCUCAGGUCUUCUGAAACUCUUCCAGUGGCCAGAAUACUGAGUCUAUACAAGUUUCCCCAGAUUAGUCCUGCAUCAGCAGUUUCAAUUUUGAGUGACAAACAUCAGUUCCCUUCGUUUUUAAGGACAGUACCAACAAACUCACAACAGCCACUUGCAAUUUUUCAGCUUCUUAGACAUUAUCAGUGGGAAUGGGUGGGGCUGAUUGCUACAGACAGUGACUAUGGGCUAGAAGGAAUUCAGCUUCUUAAGGAGAAGAUAACUAAAUAUGGAUUUUGUUUUGAAUUCUAUGAAAUUAUUGCCCCACAGCUAACCAGAACUAAAGUCACUUCACUUGUGCAAUUAAUAAAGCGAUCCUCUGCUACAGUAAUAGUGAUGUAUGUUUUCCUAGAACAACUAAUUCCUCUGAUGGAGGAAAUUACACAGCAAAACAUCACUGGUAAAAUCUGGGUAGCAAGUGGUAGCUGGGUCACUUCUUCAGUAUUUGCCAAGAAAAACUUCUGGACAACACUUGAUGGCACUGUUGGCAUUAUUAUGGCCAGUGGCAGCAUGCCUGGUUUUAAAGAAUUUCUUUACACAAUUCAUCCUAAUAAAUUUCCAAAUGAUGUAUUUAUGAAGUUAUUCUGGGAAAGAGUAUUUCAGUGCAAGUGGACAGAUAAUAAAACUUACCAGGCAACAGGCAUAGGACAUGAUGACAAUAUUAAGUUCUGCACUGGUCAAGAGAAACUGCAGGAACUUGAACAAACCGUUUAUCCAGUUUCCGAUUUCAGAUAUCAUUACUGUAUCACUAGUGGAAGUGUGGCACCUCUAACACCUGAUGUCAGUGUACCAGAGACUCUAACAAUGAUGGUGGUCAAUCAGAGGCACAGUCAGGGGGGUGCAGAGGUUGAAUCUGACACUGAUGUUGACAUGCAACAAACCCCUGCAAUUCCAUCAGAUAUAGACAGUAGGCAUAUGCCUACCCAUCCCAGUGAGUCUGCAAAUAUUGGACAGGUGGAGGGAGAUGCACUUGAUCAGGGAAGUGUGCUUACUGUGGCUGCAGUGCCUGAUUACUCUGUAGCCAAAGUGUGGGUUCCUAAGUCUAUGUGCAGUGAAGCCUGCCAUCCUGGAUACAGGAGAGUUUUACGACAAGGAGAGCCACCAUGUUGCUUUGACUGCAUCCCUUGUUCAGAUGGAGAAAUUUCUAAUGCCUCUGAUAUGUAUAACUGCAUGAAGUGCCCACAAGAUUACUGGACAAACUCAGCGAAAAUGGUCUGCAUUAAAAAAUACCUUGAGUUUCUUUCUUAUGAAGAUCCUUUGGGCAUAUCAUUAGCGAUGACUGCUGUAGUUUCCUCACUGGUGCCAGUUGUUGUUUUAUGUAUCUUCAUCAAACACCAUAACACUCCAGUAGUCAAAGCAAAUAACCGGGAAGUCAGCUACUUCCUCCUUGUAACCCUUACACUUUGUUUACUAACAGCUUUAAUAUUUAUUGGCCCUCCAAACAAUGAGACAUGCAUUUUCAGACAGACAGCUUUUGGCAUAUUCUUUUCCAUCUGUGUAUCAUCUGUACUAGCAAAGACUAUCACAGUAGUAAUUGCAUUUAAUGCCACAAAACCUGGAAGUCAUUUAAAGAGCUUGGUUGGAUCAAAGACAUCAUUUUAUAUAAUAUUUUGUUGUUUUUCAUUUCAGUUUAUUAUAUGUAUCAUAUGGCUCUCUAUUUCACCACCCUUCUCAGAUACUGACAAAACACUUCCAGGGAAAAUACUAAUUCAGUGUAAUGAAGGUUCCAUAUUCAUGUUCUAUUGCAUGCUGGGAUAUUUAGGCAUGUUAGCAACAGUAAGCCUUAUAAUUGCCUUCCUUGCCAGAAACUUACCAGAUGGCUUCAAUGAGGCCAGAUUUAUCACAUUUAGUAUGAUUGUUUUUAUAAGUGUGUGGCUUUCAUUUGUACCUGCAUAUAUCAGCACAAGGGGGAUGUAUAUGGUUGCUGUAGAGGUUUUUGCCAUUCUCUCAUCUAGCAUUGGUUUGCUGCUUUGCAUUUUUUUGCCCAAAUGCUAUAUUAUUCUUAUAAGGCCUAGCAAGAAUACAAGAGGGUACAUUGUAAGGCCACAAAACACAUUGUUUAAGGCAUAA